CAGCCACCUGAUGUUGAGACAUUCCCCCAUGGACCAUUCUUAUAGCCUUAAGACGUUCUGCAGUCGUGGCAUGAUAUGCGCUUCAAUAGCCUUCUUAUCAAUUUUUAACGAUCAACCGUUAAAGGCAUUUUGUCUGGCAUUUUUUUUAAAGGCAAGUUUGGUAGAUUUUGUUUACUUCCAUUGUCAACUGUGUACCGUCAUAGAACUGGGAAUAUCACUGGUGACAUGCGAAUAUUGAUUUGUUAACGGUUUAAGUGGCUUCGUAUCAUGUUUCUAUUCUACCCAUUACGACCAAAGUGGCAUUGUAUAUUUUUGUCAUUAUAUAUUCAUUACAUGUAACAUAGUUUAAGAGUAUACCAUCGUGUCCCAAUGGACAUUGUGAGAGGACUCAACACAGUCAGCGGCACAUCACAUCUCACAGUCGAACUGUACUCAAUCACUCGGACUCAACAAAAUGAUAGCUUUUGUCUGGUUUGUAGCUGUUAUUUUGUGUCCACUACUUCAAGGACGUCCCUGUUCCUGUUCUCUGUGUGAGAAAGCCCAACUUGUGCGCUUGCCUGACUUUGACAAUUUAUUCGUGAACGAGCACCUGCUGUGGAAUGACCUAAUGGAUGGCGUAGCGGCGUGCGUCAGACGAUGUUUCCUUGACACUCGCUGUCGAAGUGUGCAGGUGAACAGGAACUCGAGCAGAUGUUCGGGUCAUGCCACAGCCUUUGCCAGUCCUACCAAGAUAUAUCCACCUGCCGCUGUUUCACAGUAUUCAAGGCUCUACCUACUGCCAAAAGCUGCCCACUUCAUAGGUAGUGCCUGUACCAUUGAUGGCGACUGUCAUGUGGCGACCUCUGCGUGCAAUGAUGGAGUGUGCACCUGUCAGAUUGGGCUCUGGUUUUCCCCCUCACAACAGGCCUGUGUCACAGAGUGUUCUACCUUGGGAUCUGGACUUGUUCGUUACCCUGGAUACGCAAUCUGGAGAAAUGAUGUGAGUGAGUACACAUCUCUGGAAGAAACGUCCUGCCCACAGCUCUGCAGGGACACGUGCCAAAGCAUUGAAUUCGACGGAGAACGGAAUCGCUGUAUCAUCAACACCGCCACGUACCUCCGUGUGAGCUCGACAGAUCAGGGUCAACAUCCUCAAUGGGCGUACUACCAACGUAACUGUGCUGCAUAGACACAGCUGGCAAAGGGUCAACAACAACACUAAAGCAGAUUUCGUAACCUAAAAGAAGACGGUAAAUGUGGCUAUUGACAUAGAUCUUUCUGUCCUUGAUCCAUGGGGCAUUUGUAACUUUUCCUGGUCACCACGGAUGUAGUCACAUCUCCACUAUGAAGUUCAGGACUAUUUAUCAAAAAUAUAAACUAUAGCUUCUGAAGUUUACUGAGAAAAAAAAAUGUGAAAUGAUGGACUUGAUCGUUGGUAACACUAGGAUAAACAUUGGGGAUAAUUA